GAGGCAAAAUGGGAACCUCUUAUCCAUUGUUUUAUCAACAAAGCCUCCAAAAGCCUAUUUACCCACACAAGUUUUCCUCCCCACUCUUCUUCUCUCAGCCCACUCUCCAUUCCUUCUUCUUCUUCUUCUUCUUCUUCACCAAUCACCUCUUCCAUCCCCUUCAUCAAUCAAUGACACCCUUUUCAUAUGCUUCACAUUUCCCCUUCUGGGUCGCCGCCCCAGUUCAAUUUUGAGUGAUUCCUUCAUUUAUGUCCGCCAUAGUUGCAGAUUAGCAGAACCCAGUUGGAGAACGAAGAACAACAAGGCGAUGUCGUGUUUACUUCCCCAAUUCAAGUGCCAUCCCGAAACAUUCUCAAUCCAAUUUAAGACCCCCGCCAUCACAAUUACGCCUACGCCUACUUCUUCUCACCAUCAUACCUUUCUUCCCACUGCUAAUUCUACUUACUUUAAAGUCAGAGAUCCUCAUAGUUUACGGACACAAUGUAUCUUGUCUGCGGCGACAUCGACUGGAACAGCUACAACAUUCAAUGUGGAUCGACUUAAAUUGCCUCCUUUUGAUACGAACACCGACUCAGUCUCUGCAGAAAGACUAAGAUCAUAUUUAGGUGCAGUUGAAUCGAGCCUAGCCUCAACGCUUCUUACAAGUGAAGAGGCUACAAUAGCAGCUGCUGCAGCUGAGGCAGUUGCUCUUGCUAAAGCAGCCGUCAAGGCUGCAAAUGAUGCAGCUCUUCUGGUUAAUAAUAGCAACUCUGCCAGAUCAGUAACAAAAUCUCAAUCGUCUUCGAAAUCCAAUGCUCUACAUUUCAAAUGGGAUCAGUUUAUGGAAUCCGAAAGGGCUGAUAUAAUCGGAGAGCCGGUAGGAGUUAAUAAUCGUCCUGUGGAAGGUGAUGCUUUGGAACCCAGCACAGCAGAAUCUGAUGAUAUGGAGCCAACAUCUGAAGAACUUGAACUCUUACAGGAUGAAUUCUCUAAGAGUAUAGCCGUAAGAUCGAAUCGUCAAACAGAACGAAAAGCUAGAAGAACUAGAGCCUCAGAGAAGGCUGCUACUAGUGUAGUGUCACUGAAGUCAGGUUCUAGCAGCCGGAAGAAGCGUAAUUCUGGACAAGAAGUGGACUACAAUGACCCAUUGCGUUAUUUGAGAGCAACUACAAGCGCUUCUAAACUUCUUACUGCAAGUGAUGAGCUUGAACUGUCAGAAGGAAUUCAGGACUUGCUGAAACUAGAAAGACUCAAGGAGGAGCUUGCAGGACGUUACGGAAACGAACCAACCUUUGCACAAUGGGCUGCUGCUGCUGGAGUAAACCAGAGGACGCUGAGAAAGCGUCUAAACUACGGUACUUUUUGUAAAGAUAAAAUGAUAAAAAGCAACAUUCGUCUUGUCAUAUCGAUAGCGAAAAAUUAUCAGGGAGGUGGAAUGAAUCUCCAAGAUCUAGUUCAGGAAGGAUGUCGAGGCCUUGUACGAGGUGCGGAGAAGUUCGAUGCUUCAAAAGGCUUCAAGUUUUCGACCUAUGCUCAUUGGUGGAUUAAGCAGGCAGUCCGAAAGUCUCUUUCGGAUCAGUCGAGGACUAUUCGCUUGCCGUUUCACAUGGUGGAAGCAACGUAUAAGGUAAAGGAAGCUAGAAAGCAAUUAUAUACUGCAAAUGGAAGACUUCCUGCCGAUGAAGAAAUCGCCGUAGCAGCCGGUCUGUCGAUGAAGAGGCUUGCUACAGUACUGAUGACUCCGAAAGCACCUCGAUCCCUGGAACAGAAGUUCGGGAUCAACCAAAAUCUCAAACCUUCGGAAGUCAUUUCCGACCCGGAAGCGGUAACUGCAGAAGAUCUGUUGAUAAAACAGUUCAUGAAGCAGGAGCUCGAAAAGGUACUCGACUCGCUUAAUCCGAGAGAGAGACAAAUAAUUAGAUGGAGGUAUGGCAUGGAAGAUGGAAGGAUGAAAACAUUGCAAGAAAUAGGAGAAAUGAUGGGUGUAAGUAGGGAAAGAAUUAGACAAAUUGAGCUAUGUGCGUUCAGAAAACUCAAAAACAAGAAGAGAACUAAACAUUUGCAGCAGUAUCUGAUGCCAUGAUGAUGAGUGUUCAUCAGAUUCCUUCAAGAGUAUCUAUUAUGAUCUGAUAUGAGAGGCUUAAACAAGGCUUGUUCCUUCUUUUUUCUGUAACAUUUAUUGUUCUUUCCCACUUUGAGGAUAGAUUAGUAUCAUGUUGUUUACAGACUGAUAGCUACUUUCUGUUCAUACAUAUUUAAUUUAAAUCAAGAGAUUUGUCUUCAUCCA